AUGAGGUUAGCCGCAGAAAGGCAGAUGUACAGUCCUAUUGAAAACCUGUUGGAGCAGUUAAAGGAUAAGGACAAACAGCUGGCUGGGUUGAGGGAAAGGGUCCAAGGCCUCCAAACUGACUCCAGCAACACAGACACAGCGCUCUCCACUCUGGAGGAAGCCUUGUCAGAAAAGGAGCGUGUGAUUGAGAAUCUGCGCGAUCAGAAGGAACGUGAAGACAGGGUUCGCAUGGAGGAGCUGGAACUGAUGAGGAAGGAGAACCAGCUAUUAAAGGACAAACUUUCAGUACUGCAGCCCCUGAAACUGACUCAGAGUCAGCCUGCCAUCCCCGUCCUGACCACAAACCAGAAGCCUGAUGAAGAGGUAACAGCCAAAGUAGAUGGACCCCCAGCACGAAGCCCCACAACCCAAAACAUUGAAGAAGCAGUCCGGAAGUGUCCAGACAUCACAGACCGUCUGAGGCUUCUGGAGCAGGAAGUGGCUCGCAACAAAGAGGAUUCUGGGAAAUCACAAGUGGAGGUUGAGAGGCUAAUGAUGGCUCUGAGGGAUGCUGAAAUGGACAAAUUGCUCAAGGAGAAGAAAAUUGCUGACCUUGAGAGACCUGGGCAAGUCAAGUCCCCUAACAUCCAGAAGCAGACAGUGGCGGGUGAGAUGAGGAAAGAUGGCCUGAUUGAUGGACAUCCACACUCUUUAUCGCAGUUGGAGGAGCUGAUGGGGGCUUUAGAGAAGACACGUCAGGAGCUUGAUGCCACCAAGCUGCAUCUGUCCUCCACCCAGCAGUCCCUGCAUGAGAGAGACGGGCACCUCAACAGUCUUCGCCAUGAGCGACGGAAACAGCUGGAGGAGAUUCUGGAAAUGAAAAUAGGUCAGAGGCAGGGGUUUGGGGUCACUGAUGAUGAGGAUUAA